AUGAAAGUUGUGCCGCUUUUCACGCUCGGCGUGCCCGUUUUGGGCUGUUUCCAGUAUCCACAGUACAAAGUACAGGUUGAUCCGAUCUAUCAAGCGAAAGUCGACAACCUUAUCCAACAGCUACUGGACUACUGCCGCGAUCCAAUAAAUCACCGGGAUCCUCGACGACUUCUUCAUGAGUACCGGGAGCUGUACCGAAAGAUCGGGUACCCUGUUGACGCCGUUCCAAUUGAUUGCCCUCAGACAAGCCCAAAGACCUAUGUCGAGCUCCACAACUUCAAGGAUCUCGAUGGAUAUUUCCGAGAUCCAUUUUCGCUCCACAACGUUCCGAUAAAAUGUGAGAAGGAGGAAAAAGAAGAAGCAAUAGUACAGAAACAAGAGGAAAAACAAGCCCAAGUGUCGAUUUGGUUAAUCUCCAUUGUUGUGGCUGUCAUUUUUGUUGUUCUUGCCAUUAUUUGCAAAUGCGCCCUUUCGAGACUCUGCUCAAUCCUUUGUUGCAUGCAUGCCAGUGAUUCUGCAUACUCCUCCGAAAACUCUUCCCGAACUGGCCGAGCAGACCAGAUCAUCACUCAGAAAAAGCCUGUCAUCACCCGAUCGCACGAACAUAUCCACAAGCAGCAAAAGAAAACGAGCGAAAAGGUCGAAAACGAAAAGGCGAAACUCAUCCGCGACGAAACAUCCGACACAUCUCGAAGCUCAUGCUGA